AUGGAGAACUUGACGACGACUUUCUCUGAAGUUUCGCAUAUUACUGAAUUUGAAAAACUGUUAUCGGAGAUUCUUACCGUUUAUUUACCAGUAAUACAUACUGUAUGUAAAAUAUAUGAUGGCUCUACUGGUACUCUAUCAGACCUAAAAAUACUACCACCAAUUCCUACAGUAUCAAUAGAGCCGAACCGGGACACUGUCUUCAAUCCAUUGCUCGCAGGAGUAGAACUCGGCUGUAAUGUGUUCAUCGUACAUCAAGACUCCAUCAUCGGCUUCAUGGAUCAAUUCAUCGAGUGCCACGAUGAAGCCACUUACAGAAAUCCUGACAAAUAUAUCAUACUUCUGAUGGAUGGUGCACAAUUCGACGAACCGAUCCUGGUCAACAAGUUAUGCGAUCAUCCCAAUCUCCUGGAAAUUAUGAAUUUGCUUAUUCUGAGACCUACUGCCAAUAUGGAAUCGAUUGAACUAUUGACCCAUCGCUACGUUGGACCUGUCGAACAAUCCACCGAUUUACUUUUGGUGGACAUUUUUGGUAUCGGAAACAAUACGUUUCGUUAUGGAAAUCAAUUUUUCCCUGAUAAAAUUUCCAACCUUCAGGGAAAGUCCAUUCGACUGGCCACCUUUGAUAUCGUUCCACAUAUCAUUUUGCAGAAAAGCGAGUCUGGUGGACCACUGGUGAAGCUAGGAAACCAAGCAUACGAUAUGGAUGGAGUUGAUGGUCGUUUGAUGGUGGAGUUUUGUCAACGGUAUAACUGUUCGGUAGAGUUGAUAAUCGACGAGGUCAACAUGUGGGGUAGAAUCGAUGCGAACAGGACAGGUAACGGAAUUCUUGGAAAUCUAGCGGAAAGACGCGCCGAUGUUGGGUUGGGUGCGAUAGGCAACUGGUACGAGCCGCUAAAAUUCCUAACCAUCUCCCAGUCCACUCAAAAAGGAGCUGUCACUUGUCUCACACCGAAACCAAUGCCUCAGCCGCCAUGGCGAGUAAUUUUUAUUGCCUUUUCUGUCCCUGUUUGGAUCUCGACCAUCGCGGUUUAUUUCAUAAUUGUGUUCAUGCAUUUCUUGAUGGAUCAACUAGGCCAAACCAAAAAAAGACAAUAUAAUAUCGCUCGAUAUUGCUUCGAUACAUUCGCCAUUUUCCUGCUGCAAACGGCCCACUUACGUAAACAAAAAGUUUCAGAUGUGCUUUUAUCUGUGUCGUUGUUGCUUUUUGCUUUCAAUUUAGGAAACAUUUACUCAAGUAAGAAUGCCAGUUUAAGAACAGUUCCUCUUUUCGAACCAUCUAUCGACACGCUGGACGAUCUAGCCCAAAGUGGCCUAAUAUGGUUGCAGACGCACGAGGCUUGGAUACUUGCAUUGCUUCUAUCGGAAAAUCCCAAAGUCAAAACACUGAUCUCCAAUUUCCAAGCUCAGCCUCCUUCAGUGUUACGAGAGAUGGCUGACAGGGGUAACGUUGCAUUCGUUAUGGGACGUCUGGAACAUGGCCAUCUGAUGCUCGGUGAAUGGAUCACAGCAGAGAACAUCCAGAAAUAUCAACUUAUGAAAGAAGAUCUGUAUUAUGUAUAUACAGUAUCCAUGGCCACUAAAACGUGGCCUCUGAUGGGGCAGUUCAACAAGCUUACAUUGCGAAAGGCAGAAGUUCGGCUCCGACACUACCAAGAAUUGGAAAUAAUUUACAAAUGUAGUGAUUACUACGUUCAAACGGCGGCCAUCAAUUCUCGUUUGCGGGAAUCUUAUAAACCUCGUACUCUUGAACUGAUCGAUCUUUUGGGAGGAUUUAUCACUCUACUAUUUGGUGUGCUCGCCUCAUUGAUUGCAUUUAUGAUUGAGCAGAAAUCAUUGCUUAUUAAAUUGAAAGGGCAAGAACAGCGACAUACCGCCACGAAAAUGGCGAUGAUCAAAUGA